AGAAGAGCAGAGAAAUCAUUAAUCACAAUCCGAACAGUUAGUUAAUGGUAGAAAGUCUAGUAAUUGACAAUUCACACGCUGCAAAAAAUCCCCAAAUUUGAUUGGAAAAUUGUAUGGCAGAACGGAAUCCACCUGCAAGUUGUUUGGGCUGACGGAGCUCUGGAAAUCACGCGCGAAAAUUGAACAGAUCCCACUGAUUGAGAAAGGAGACGAAAAAACAGUGAUGAAGAGCAGCUCUUGGCAGCAGAAAGAGCUCAUAUUUCUCGUUCUAUACGCCGCCGUUUUCUACACCAUUGUCGUUCGUCGCUCUCUCCAGCUUUCCCACGAUCAUUAUGCCAAGCUUUAUGGUUUACGCCCCGGUUGGAUCGCCGGUCGAUUUAAUGAUGCGUCUGAUGCUCAAUGGAGAAAUCUCAGGGGGAACAUACCAAUUCUCACCAUGGUUUUUGGGAUUUUUACGUUGGUUGCCAAUGUGCUGAGAACAUCAUUUUCCUUGAAAGCGAAGGGGAUGGCUAUCGUCUGGAGUUUGAUUUCGUUGGCAUAUCUUUUGUAUCUGCAUGGAGCCUGCAUCAUGUUCAUCGUUGCUAUUGCAUCAGUAAAUUUUUUCCUAGUGAAGAUAUUGGGAAGGACGAAAUAUUUCUCAUAUGUGCUAUGGAUUUUUAAUCUAUCAUGUCUUAUAUGUAAUCGUAUUUAUGAGGGAUACCAGUUCUCCAGUUUUGGGGAACGGUGGGCUUAUUUGGACAACUAUCGCGGCACCUUUCGAUGGCAUAUCUGCUUUAACUUUGUUGUUUUGCGUAUGAUAAGCUUUGGGUGCGACUACCAUUGGGCUGACAAACAUAAUCAUUUUGAUCAAAAGAAGCAUAUUCAGCGCUGUGACCAAUGUUCAUCAGGAAAGACAUGCUACCAGCUCUUACAGGAGAGAAGGGUCACAAAUGACAAAUUCUCUUUUCCAAUAUACUUGUGCUAUUUGACGUAUGCACCACUUUACAUAGCUGGACCAAUCAUUAGCUUCAACGCAUUUGCUUCACAGUUGGAUUCUCCCCAGAACAUUUACUCAUCCCGGGAAGUGGCUUUAUAUGGUUUUCGUUGGGUUUUUAGUCUUUUCCUAAUGGAAUUAAUGUCGCAUUUCCUCUACUACAAUGCCUUUGCCAUUAGUGGCAUGUGGAACCAGUUGUCUCCCAUGGACAUCUUCAUCAUUGGAUAUGGUGUUCUGAACUUCAUGUGGCUAAAGUUUUUACUUAUCUGGCGCUACUUCCGAUUCUGGUCACUGGUUAAUGGCAUUGUAGCUCCUGAGAAUAUGCCAAGGUGCGUAAACAAUUGCCACAACUUGGAAAGUUUUUGGAAAAAUUGGCAUGCUUCGUUCAACAAGUGGCUUGUUAGGUACGUUUACAUCCCUCUUGGGGGUUCUCAAAAGAAGCUGCUGAAUGUUUGGGUCGUCUUCACCUUUGUUGCUGUAUGGCAUGACUUAGAGUGGAAGCUCCUUUCUUGGGCUUGGUUGACGUGUAUAUUUUUUAUACCAGAAAUGCUCGUAAAAUCAGCGGCAAAUGCUGUUAAGGUGGAGGGUGCUUUCAGGGAAUUUGUUUUCCGUGAACUUAGUGCUGUUGCUGGUGCAAUAACUAUAACUUGCUUGAUGGUGGCUAAUCUUGUCGGAUUUGUAAUUGGUCCAUCAGGCAUUAAUUGGUUAUUUUCUAGAUUCCUACAGAAAGAAGGCCUGUCUACACUCGGUGGCUUGUUGAUUACAUUUUAUGUUGGCACCAAGCUUAUGUUUCACAUCUCUGAUGCUAAGCGAACGAAGGAGAGGACUAGUUGAUAUGAAGGUCUGUUCUUGUUUCGUUAUCUUGACCCGUUACUGAUAAUUUGGUGAAAUUUAUUAAACUGGAAAAAGGAGAAUGUUCAAAUUCCUCUAGAAUCGUUUUUUAAGCUACAAAACAUGACUGCAAAAAUUUCCUUCCAGUUUAUUUUCGAUAACCUGUUUGGAGAGUACAUGUGUGAGUCGUCAAUUUUGAGAAGUAGCAUUUUGCUCUUACAAUAUAGCAUCAGUCAGAAAUUGGUGAUCUUGCGGUUUUGAUGGUUUACUUCGGAUACAAAUUCUAAGAUCUCAGAACAUAUCAAUUUGUAAUUAGAGAUGCUGGCUCUGUAGUACUUGUUGAGGAUGGGUUGUCGUUGAAUUUUAUGGUCCGAAGAAAUUAUUCGUGUAGUUUUUCGGACUGCACAAACAAGAAAUAUCAUGCCACAAUAUAAGGAAUCUUGUAGUUGCACUGUUUU